CAUUCAACGGGCGAGGUUUUUUCUUCUUCGAAGCGAAAGCUCAAUUGUUUUCCUUUUCGAUUUUUACGCAGAAGACUCUGAGGUUUCAUGUGCUCCGAGGAUUUCGGUUCGAUGAGCUCCAACUGAAUUCCCGCCAUUUUUUUCCUUCCCGUUUGAGUAUUGAGUUUUGAAAGUUGAGGUGUGAGCCUAAGAUGGAUCAAGCUAGAACAGAGGAUUGCUGGGUGGAGAAUAAGCAAUCAACAGCUGCUUCAAGUUCUUCAGCUUCUGAGAAUAGUGGGAGUACUAACUUCAAGUCACCAGGGAUCUCUAGCCCCAUGCCGUCGUCACCUUCGCAUCAGAGAGCAAGUGGUCCGAUAAGACGAGCAAAGGGUGGCUGGACUCCUGAGGAGGAUGAUAUGUUAAAGAAGGCUGUUGCAGCAUACAAUGGGAAGUGUUGGAAGAAAAUAGCUGAAUUCUUUCCCAGUAGAUCAGAAGUACAAUGCCUGCAUCGGUGGCAAAAGGUUCUAAAUCCAGAUCUUGUAAAAGGUCCCUGGACUCAGGAGGAGGAUGAUAGAAUCAUUGAACUUGUAGAGGAGUAUGGGGCUACAAAAUGGUCUGUCAUUGCAAAGUCAUUGCCUGGUCGAAUAGGAAAACAAUGCCGAGAGAGGUGGCACAAUCAUUUGAAUCCUAAUAUAAAGAAGGAUGCUUGGACAUUAGAGGAGGAGCUAGCACUCAUUAAUGCUCAUCAUGUCAAUGGGAAUAAAUGGGCUAAAAUAGCAAAGGUCCUACCUGGAAGGACUGAUAAUGCAAUAAAGAAUCACUGGAACAGUUCUUUGAAGAAAAAAAUGGAUUUCUAUUUGGCUACAGGAAACCUACCACCUGCUGCUAAGAAUGGCCACCAAAAUAGUUGUAAAGAUAUCAGUAGAACAGUUACAAAGAAUAAGCGGCUUCAGUGCUCAAAGAAACAAUCCGAUUCAACUGGCCUGGAGUCACCAGCAACAACAGAUAUAUGUAUAUUCCAAGUAGACGGUAAGGUUCACCAAGAACCCAGGACACCAAUCACGGUUAUGAACAUGGGUGCUUCAACUAGUAAUUCUGGAAGUGCUCGAUAUGAGGUGCAGUCAUCAGUGUGUCCUCAACGGAUUGAUACAAUUCAUGCUAUUUCUAGUACAGAUCUAAAGUUCGAGAGCUGCAGAGUUAGUGAUGAAAAUGGGCAACAUAAGUUGGCGUUUUCUGGUAUCCCUACAUGCAUUACUGUGUACUAUGAUUCCCCACAUUAUGUUCAGCUGGAGAGAAAUCAUCAAAAUCUCCCCUGGGCACAUCAUGAAUCUCCGCAAAGUCCUAGUUUGCCACCUGCUACUUUUCUAACACCACCCAGCAGUAAAGGGAGCAAUUUGUAUGGACAAACCCCCGAGUCUAUACUAAAAAUUGCUGCCCAAAGCUUCCCAAAUACACCCUCUAUAUUAAGGAAGAGAAAAACUGAUGCUCGGUUAAUCACACCAUCAAAGGUUGUAGAUGGUAAGAAUCCCCGUACACCCCGUACAUCUUCUGAGGAGCAACGGACUGACAUGUCAGAAAACUCUGAUCUGCAAGAUGGAAGUCCGUCUCGGAAUUCUUCAUAUAAUAACAGUGGACUGAACAGCACCCACGUUUAUAAUGCAUCUCCUCCAUAUCGGUUAAAAUCAAAACGUACUUCUGUCUUGAAGUCUGUGGAGAAGCAGCUUGAGUUUGCAUUCGAGUCUGAUGAUACUACCACAUCCAGCAAUUCAACUGUAAAACAGAUUUCUCAGGCGACCAAGGAUUUGCCUCAUAAAACAAAGAUGCCCAUCACCUAGAUUAGUAAUGCGAGAUGGAUUCUGUGUUGGGAUGCAAUGGAUGAAGCUUUCUCAACUACUCAGAAAACACUUCACUGCCCAGAUGUUAGCAGUUAGCCAAAUGAUUUUUUUUUUUUUUUUUUUUUUUUUUUUUUUUUUUUUUUUUUUUUUUUUAUAUAUACCAUAGUGAGUUAGUUAUUUUUACCAGCACUAGGAAAUUCUCCUUAGUCCUUACCCAUCAUUUUUCAUGACUAAUAAUUGGUAAUAAUGCUUCCUAAAGGAAA